AUGGAGACCUCUGGAUCCUACACAAAGAGACCUUUACAGGGACGUGAUGCAGGAGAAUUAAGGAAAUGUUGUCUCACUGGACUGUCAGAUCAGGAACGAGAACGAAACAACCCGAAAGAAGAGCUUAGUGAAGAUGUGGAGUUUGUGACCAUGUCCGAAGAGCCUAUUGGGGAUGCUGAGAAGAACCUGGAAAGCGAAGAAGUCUUUGAAAGUGGGGACAGGUCCGAAAGACAGUGGGGAGAGCUGACCGCAGAGGAGUGGGUCAGCUACCCUCUCCAGCAGGUCACUGACCUGCUGGCCCACAAAGAAGUUCACACAGGCAUCCGCUAUCACAUAUGUUCUCUGAUGGAGGAAGCGCACACGGGACACAGACCCUACAAGUGUUACAAAUGCGGCAAGGGCUUCAGCCGCAGCUCCCACCUUAUCCAGCAUCAGAGAACACACACGGGCGAGCCACCCUAUGACGGCAACGAGUGGGGGAAGAGCUUUGGAAGGAGCUCUCACCUCAUUCAGCACCAGACAAUCCACACCGGGGAAAAGCCGUACCACUGCAACGAGUGCGGGGAGAACUUCAGCCGCAUCUCGCACUUGGUCCAGCACCAGCAGAGGCACAGGGGAGAGAAGCCCUACGAGUGCAUGGCCUGUGGGAAAAGCUUCAGCCACAGCUCCCAUCUGAUCACACACCAGAAAAUUCACACCGGGGAGAAGCCCUAUGAGUGUAACGAGUGCUGGCGAAGCUUCGGGGAGAGGUCAGAUCUGAUUAAGCACCAGAGGACUCACGCGGGAGAAAAGCCCUACGAGUGUGUGCAGUGUGGAAAGGGGUUUACACAAAGCUCCAACCUCAUCACCCAUCAAAGAAUUCACAGGGGAGUGAAGCCUUACGAAUGUACCAAGUGUGACAAGAGUUUCAGCCGGAGCUCAGCUCUUAUUAAACACAACAGAGUCCAUACCGACUAA